GGUGAAUUCUAUGAAAUAGAAGUGAAAUCACAUGGACAACCAGUGGGCAAUACAAAAAUUGACAUUAACUCCACAGUUAAACCAAGGGCUCCAUCAAAUGUCCAAGUUGAAUUUCAAGAGGAAGUGAACGGUCUAGUGCAAUGGAAUAUCGGUUAUGAGGGCAACUUUAUCAAAACCAAGCUGUCCUUUCAUGUACAGAUCCUCUUCAAGCAUGGCAGAGAAGUGGCAAAAGAGGAUUGGCUUAGACGACUGGAGCCCCGAUAUCAAUUCAGCAAACGGCAACUGAAACGAGGGGAAGAAUAUGUAGUGAGGGUCAGGUCAAAGCCAGCAGAAAACCUAGGAUUCCAAGGAAGUUGGAGCGAAUGGAGCUCAGAAGCUAACUGGAAAAACGGUAAC